AUGAGUAUGCUUCUCAACUCUACUCAAAUAUCGCCAGAAUAUAUGGAUUAUGCCGAAAAGCACUCAGUAUUUCAGCUGAUGCAGAGAUUACUGAAACUUUUGAUCAUCAAUCGUCCUGAAGAUCCUAUAACAUAUUUGAUUGAUUACCUGAAUAAAGAUGUUGAGGAUGUCCCCUCUAUUUUUAUUUUCGGUCCAAAGUCUUCAGGUAAAAGUUAUUUAGGUUCCAUGCUGAAAAAGAAACUGCAGUGCGUGAUGAUUAAUGGGGACGACAUAUACAGAUUAUGCCCGGAAGGAAAGAAUGUCACACUAAAAAAACUAACUGCAGCUUUGAAGAGACGGCUGAAUGAACCUGAUUGUGAAUCCAAAGGUUAUAUUAUUGUUGAUUUCCCAAAAUGUGAAAAAGAAGCAAAGGCACUUAUACAUGAAGGAAUAUUUCCUGAUUAUGCAAUCUUUCUGGAUGCGCCUUUGCUAACAUUGAUUGAAAGAGCAUCAGGAGAAAGGAUGGAUCCCGAAACUGGAGAUUUAUACAACCUAAUAUAUAACCCCCCAAAUGAUUUGUCAGUUGAAAGACGUUUGGUCAAAAUUGCAGAAAACGAUGAAGAACUAAUUGAGAAUAUUUAUGCUGAAUACAACAGACAAGUGGUCCUCUUGAAGAGAAUUUAUUCUAAUGUUGCAUAUGAAUUUAAUGCAGACCAGCCAAUCAAUGAUAUAUACUGUUCAGUUUUGGCAAAAGUUAACCAACGCCAUCGUAGUUUUGCAUUACAAACUCCGAAAAUAGUUCUGUUAGGCUAUCCUGGAGCCGGAAAACAUACUCAAGCAAGUUUGUUAGCUAAAAAAUAUGGAUUAAUUCCAGUGGAUUGUGAACAGCUUGUACUUCGUGAAAUAGCUAAUCGCUCUUCCAUUGGAAACACAAUAAAAACCUAUAUUCAAAAGAAUAUCCCAGUUCCGGAUGCUAUCAUCUCCGAAAUUGUGAAAACUAGACUGAAUGAAAAUGAUUGCAUCACAUAUGGUUGGAUCCUCUUCGGAUAUCCUCUUACACGUCAACAAGCAGAAUUACUGGCAUCACAUAAAAUAGAUCCUAAUCGAGUUAUUCUACUGGAUAUACAUCAGUCGUGUGCAUCUGAACGUCUUUCUGGACGCAGAAUUGAUCCAAUCACCGGUACACGUUUUCAUACAGCAUUUGAAUCUACUGAAGAUUUAUGCAUAAGUCAACGUGCGUUGCAGCAUCCAGAUGAUGAAGAAUGUGUUAUAGGCCCAAAGCUAUUAAGAUUUACCGCUAACAAAGAUGACAUUAUUGAUUUCUAUAAUUCAUGCGUAAUUAGAGUGCAUGCAGAUCGAGAUGUUCAUACUGUUUUUGAGGAAAUUGAAACUGCUAUUGAUCAAAUAGAAAUUUAUACUAGGAAAACUGACGCAAACCUAUUAAAAUAUACACGAAAACAUCAUUUAUAUGAGAUUUUCGAGGCACUUUUAGGUGGAUUAAGCGUCAUGUUGCCUGAAAAUCCUCGGAGAUGGAUUGCAGAAAAACUUCAACUUCUUUACGAAAUUGGUUUUAUAAGUUUAAACUGGGAUACGUUUAUUGAUCCGGAUAUGAAACCGUCUCAUCCAUAUGUCGAUCAUGAAUUAAUGCAUUCUCUAUUUGGUACAUCAAAACUAGAAUUUUUGUUACCAGAAGAAUUACAAUAUCAGCCUACACCUGAAAUGCUAGCAAAAGCAUAUGCAGCCCAGAGGCAAUCAAUACUAAAAAAGUGUUUCAGUGCCUGGAAAUUGUAUUUUAUCAUUAAACGGGCUCGAGCUAAUUACAUGUACAGAAUAAACUUCAUUGCAAAAAUAAGCAUGAAAUUUAGAUUGAAAAAGAUUAUAUUUCGGGGAUGGCAAGAAUACACACAAUUUGUGAAAAAUAAACAACGAAUGGCACAAUCUUUAAUCACCCAAAUUAAAGACUUCACAGUAACAAUGUUAUUUUAUAAAGCCUGGCGAAAAAAUGUUGCAGAGGCUCGAAAAACAAAGGAUUAUUUUUCUAAAAUGCAAGAAAAAUCAGAUGGAGAAAAGUCAGAUGAAUCAGAGUCUGAAAGUCAACUACUUACAUUAGGAGGUAAAAUAAGCCAAACUGAAAAUUAUCGUGACCGAUUAUCUGAACUACCUGAUACCAUACAACAUAAAAUAUUUGGCUACUUACCACCUAGAGAUUUAGCUCGAGCUGCUUGUGUAUCGCAUUAUUGGCAAUCGAUAGCUAGUGAAAUGGAUAAGAAAAACUAUUUAAAUUUAUCAUGCUUCGGUAGAAGUUUAACAGAUGAACUAUUAUUCAAGCUUACAAGAAGACGAAGAAUAUAUUUACGUCAUAUUAAUUUACGUGAUAAUCAUUUGCCUACUCUAAAUUCAUUUCGUUGUUUAACCAGUUGCGCUAAUUUACAAGAUAUCAAUUUAUCCAAAUGCACUGGCAUUACAGAUGAUGCAAUUCGUAUCAUAACUACUGAAUGUAGUUUACUUCUUUACUUAAAUUUAUCAUAUACGCAAAUUACUGAUGAUUCAGUUCGUCAUUUAGCAAUGUAA